AUGGCGGAUAGCGUUGAAAUUAAAAUUGACAGCUCCGAUGGCGGGAAAAUUAGCCCAGAUAAUUGCACUAACAGGAACGAAACGGAUAGUCACAGUCACGAAAAUGGCGCAGAUGCGAGCAGUUUUGACAGAAUUCAAAAUGCGACAAAGGAUUUACUGGGAGUAUCUAGGAACGGACAUAGAAAAUCGUUUAUGGAAGAAGAAAGCGCGAAAGAGAAGACAAGAGUCUCUUUGUUGAAGCAAUGUUCUGCUAUAUUGAAGCAGGAUGAACAGAAAUACAAUAAAGAAAGCCUACAUAGAAUUUUCCAAGAUGAGGAAUUCCACGAAUUCAUUCUUAAUACCGGUCUUUUAGCCAUAAUGUGA